AUGGCGACUCAUCAAAAGCCUUCGCGACCAAACAUCCUGCUCAUCGUCGCAGACGAUCUUGGCUUCUCUGACGUCGGCUGCUUUGGCGGCGAGAUUCACACGCCCAAUCUCGACCGCCUCGCCCGCGGAGGAGUGCGGCUGACGGGCUUCCACACUGCGUCCAUGUGCUCGCCCACCCGCGCCAUGCUGCUCAGCGGCACAGACAACCACAUCACUGGACUCGGCCAGAUGGCCUUCUGGGGCGGUGACUCGGCCCCCUGGAAGAAACGGCCCGGCUACGAGGGAUAUCUGAACGACCGCGUGGCUGCGCUGCCGGAGAUCCUGCAGGACGCUGGCUACUACACGACCAUGUCAGGAAAAUGGCAUCUGGGGCUGACAGCGGACCGCACGCCGCACGCGCGCGGCUUUGAUCGCUCGUUUGCGCUGCUGCCCGGCGGCGCGAACCACUAUGCCUACGAGCCGACGCAUGAGGACGGGCGGCCGGUGUUUUCGCACUGGGCUUCGCUGUAUUACGAGGACGACAAGCAGGUCCAUUCCAAGACGUUUCCCAAGGACUACUACUCGAGCGACUACUACACGACACGGUUGAUCGAGUUCCUGAAGGAGCACAAAUCAGGACCCAAGGCAGAUGCGCCGUUCUUCGCCUAUCUGGCGUUUACUGCGCCGCAUUGGCCGCUCCAGGCGCCGCAGGAGAUCAUCCGCAAAUACCGCGGCCUCUACAACGAGGGCCCAGAUGUGUUGCGCGAGAAGAGACUGCGCAAUCAAAUCAAAUUGGGCCUGCUGCCGGAGGACGUCGAGCCGCAUCCGGUAGUGGCGUCGACGAAAGAAUGGGACGAUAUGACUCCGGAGGAAAAGGCAUGGUCUGCCCGGACAAUGGAAGUGUUCGCGGCGAUGGUCGACCGGCUGGACUGGAACGUCGGCCGGGUGUUGGCGCAUCUCGAAGAGACAGGCGAGCUGGAGAACACGUUUAUCCUGUUCAUGUCCGACAACGGUGCCGAAGGAGCCAUUAUCGAAGCGCUUCCCAUGACAGGUGACGUGAUCAAAAAGAGCAUAAAUAAGCACUACAACAACGAUCUUGACAAUCUCGGCAACGGCGACUCGUUCAUCUGGUACGGUCCCAGAUGGGCCCAGGCGGCGACCGCCCCGUCCGCCAUGUACAAGGGAUAUGUGACGGAGGGGGGCAUACGCUGUCCAGCCAUUGUGCAUUAUCCUCCUCUUAUCAAGGCAUCGUCCUCACCACCAGAAGGGGCCAUCUCGUCCGCCUUCACGACCGUCAUGGACAUUCUGCCGACCGUCCUGUCUCUCGCCGGAGUGCCACCCCCACAGGACACAUUCCGCAACAGGCCCAUCGUCCCGAUCAAGGGCAAGUCCUGGCUGCCACAUCUGUCCGCCUCGCCAGACUUCGCCAGCGCACCGGCUGUGCACGACGACUCGACCGUCAUCGGCUGGGAGCUGUUCUUCCACCAGGCGGUGCGGAAGGGACGGUACAAGGCGGUGUUUAUUCCCGCGCCCAAGGGGCCCGAGAAGUGGCAGCUGUUCGACCUCGAGACGGACAUGGGCGAGAUGCACGAUCUGGCGGAGGAGAAGCCAGAGAUACUGGAGGAGCUGGUGCGGUACUGGGCGGUGUAUGUGGCGGAGUUUGGAGUUUUGCUGCGUGAAGAACUUGACCCGGACUAUGUGCUUCCGAAGCAUUGA